AUAAAAAAAUGAAUUAGGUAAAUGCUUACAUACCGAUAUAUACGAAAAAUGUCUACUUUAGGUGCAUGUAUUAUGGUGCACCCACAUUGGCUGUCAGAAAAUGGACAGGGACAACGCAAUAAACUCUAUCAAUUAGGGUCAGCAUCGCGCGUGUAGCUCAUCUGGAGUUGCAGGCGUACAUAGGCUACGAAGACUGCUUACCAUCAGGCGGGCCGUAUGCUUGUUUGCCACCGGACGUAAUAUAAAAAAAACAUAAUUACAUACAUAGAUAACACUCAAGACUCGGGAGCAAAUAUUCGUGCUCAUUACACAAAUAAAUGCCCUUACCAGGAUUUGACCCCGGAAUCCCAGGGUCACUACCCACUAGGCCAAACAGAAAUUUAAGUGAAAAAGUAGUAGGUAGUAGAAGCAUCAUCGGCAUGAACGGCCGAAAUGAAUGAAACAGACAAUUUUUUCGCGAUAUCGGAAUUUGUCACACGGUUAAUCUUGUUCACUAGGUCAUACCUAAAGCACCUAAUCAUCUCGUAUGAUUAUGACUUAACUAAAGGGUUUAUGAAAUGUAAAUGAAUCAAUGAAGAAAAGAUUAUUUUUCAAUUAUUUUUCUCUAACUUGCAAUGAAAUGUUGAAAUGCCUACUACGUAUCCGGUGCGAUGAGUGAAGAUGAUUAUGUAAAGGAAUUUCAUACAGCCUUACAAGUCUUACAACACCUGGGCUUGCAAAGCAACCUUCUUUUGGUUUUAAAAUAUCAAAUUGGGACACAACGUCUUGGUAUUAAAAGAUCAAAAAAUAAUACCUAUUUUUAUAAAUAAAUAAUAUUUUUUAGUUAGCUGGUACGGUGAAAGCUGUAAUCGCAACCUAUUUUGCGAUUUGAUGGAAUGACAAUGAAAUUACAGCCGUCACUGUCCCCAAUGUAUUGAACACUAAACAGUGUAAUGGCAAAUAGAAAAACUAAAGUAGCUAAAAGUAGCAGUAACUACGAAUAAAACAAAUUGACUACAAUUUUUUUUUUCAUUGCAAGUUUGAGAAAAGUAUUAUACAGAUCUCGGCGAGAAACGGGGUUGCCAGCUGCGUAUCCCUAUCUGUAUCCGUCUAUAUCUCCUUGGCCUGCAACCCUUCGUUUGCCGUCCUCUAUAGUAAUGUACUAUUAAACAAUCAUUUAUUUGAAAGUCUAGAGUCUACCUGAUAGCCUCCGCCUGCUCUCGAAGGUUACGCAUGUGGUAGCCAUUACGACAAACAAAAGAUGGAACUUUCUUUAUUUGUGCAAUUAUGAACAAGCCGGUCGUUUUAUGACCCGGCUGUUGUCAAAAUACCGAAUAUCUCUUUUGGACAAUAUUAUGACUGUAAAGAAGAAAGUCCCAAGACACAGACAUAUUUUGUCUAUUGUUUAAAAUAUCUCCACAUUAACUAAGUUACAAAGCUCAGCCGAAACUACUAUGAAUGUCAAGUAAAAUAUUGGCAGUAUUAUUUAAUUGUUUUAAAAUGAGUUUUGCCAAGUGUUUGUUAAUGGGCAGUUGGGGAUGGUAUAAUAAAUACUUGAAAUGAGCAAAAUUAAAUCUUACUGUUAGAAUUAGACUAAUAACAAGGAAAAUAAUCAAGAUAUCAUAUCAAUUAAGUAGUUCGUUUAAAUUUUUACGUAGGUAGAUGAAGACGAACCACCGCAGUAAUCGAAUCAGAUAGAAUAUAAUACAGCAUUUAAUAAGGCGCCGUAAGUUCAGAGAGCCUAUCGCGAAACACGUUCGACAUGUUGCCUCCCUUACGAAUUUACAAGUGUUUAUAUCGAGCCCAAGUUGUUUAAUAAGGUUUCAAAUCAAUGAAGUUACUCGGGAAUGGUAUAAAUAAAUAAGAAUAGGUACUAAAUAAAGAAUAUUCAUAUUUUUGGCAAUCAUAUUAUGAUUUAAAAAAGCGCUACGAUUUUUCAAAAAUUCUAAUGACUGAACCCACGGGGCACCUUAAGUAAGUUAUUUAAAAAUGAGAUACCUAUGUCGAGUGUAGCUUGAGAAUCGUAAAUAAACUGGUCACGUCAGCACCUUCCGACCCGUCAAGGACUUCUUGGAAGCCAUUAUUCCUUAUCCCACUAGGUAUAGAUAAGAGAGGGCUUGGAAUUACGGGUUGGUAAUGUAAAGGCGCGGUGUAUAACGUAAGGUAUAUCGGAGCGGCUACACACACAUGUAAGUAGACCAAAGAAAUUCUACCGGAAUAUAACCACUAGCUCACCAAAAUACUACUGAAAACACCCAGACACAAACUACGAAAAAUAGUAGGAUUAAUUACUGGACAUAGCACAUUAAACAAACAUCUACAUAAUAUGGGUAAAACGGACAGCCCCAUGUGCAGAGCGUGCAUGGAAGAAGAGGAAACAGCGAAGAAUAUUCUCCUAGAUUGUAAACAGGUAGAAGUAUACAGGAACAAAUACCUUGGGACUCUGUGCACCCUAAAGGAGGCAUUUAGCAACCUGAAGACACUGCUAGGUUUCGUGGAGGAGCUGGGGUGGCUAGAGUAGUGCUACCUCGUUUUAACUCAAAAUAGGCACAAUGGUUGUCGAUUUGCGGAAAAUGCCCAGUAUAACUAACUAAUUAACUAACUAACUCGGAGCGGCUAAAGCGCUCUCGAAUAUCUGAACACGUCUCUAUUGUCAAGGUAAGGAGUUCAGAUAUUUUUGAGCACCUAGGCCGCUCUGAUAUAUCUGAUGGCGACUGUAUAUGGUGACAUUUAAAUAUACAGUUUAUAAACCUACGAAAGCCACGUCUUAAAACUGGUAGUAGUAGUAAGUACCUUAUUGCACCAAACAAGUACAUAACAAAGAGGGAAUACAAUUAAUGUGUACAAGUGCGAACUCAUCCCUUUAAGGGACUUCUUCCAGCUAACAUGUUGAUGAUGAUGAUGAGUAAAUUGCAAGUACAGGAUGUUUACUUGUUUUAACCGAAAGGAAAAAGGUAAGUACCUAUCAGAUAAUCUUUAUAUUAUAGUAAAAAGCUAAAAAGCAUAUAAACAAUUUUUUGGACUGUGUUAGUAAGUGUACAAAGUCAAGUAAGGUUAAGCCCCAGUUAGAGCAGUUAGACGGAUCAAGAACUUGCAUGCAAUGUUAGAAUUACAUACAUUGCUAACUAUAGAGCAGUGUUGGCGUUAAUUAGAAUUGACCAUUAACCAUUACAAAUUGAAUCGUAAAACGUAACGGGCGGUUACAGUUUACGGGUCGGUCAGACGGCCAACACUGCUAUAGAGACAAUUAGGUGAGUCGAUUGACUAAAUGUCACAAUAAAGAUAGUUUAUUUUCCAAGUAGGCAUAUUACAUUACAAUGCGCUUAUGAACGUCAAAUAUAGCUACGCCGGCUCUAACCCUACACCUCUGAACCGAGAAUAAUUAAAUCCCUCCUAAACUGUAGGAGGGUAUCCAGGUAGUUUCUAAAGAUGCACUAGAUUGCUAAUGCAGGACGUUAUCAUUGCCAAACAUCGAUGAUAAAAUUGCUUAUUUUAUAGUAGGUAGGUAAUUAGGUAUGCUCGCGAAAUGACUUUUUGCUUAACAACAGUUUUGAAUUUAGAAUCUGUAAGCUCGGUGACAUUUUUUGGUAUGUUGUUAAAUCUUGUUGUAUAAUUUUAUACAAUUUCCGAAGAACCACUUUUCUAUUAUAACUGCCGAAUAAGCAACCAUAUUCGGCAGUUAUAAUAUUUAACUCAAUUGACAGCUAUUAAAAGUGUUAAAACUUCAAAUUAUAACAAUAUAUUUUUUUUCUACUCGUCGACUGUAAUGGUUGAAUUAAGAUUUCGAAUGCAAACUGUAAUUGGGUACUUUUCAUGUAUGGGCUCCCAACUCAACUAUAAUAUUCAUUUCGAAACGGUUUAGUCAACUAUAAUGAAAUGGACCAAUCACAGCUCGCCGCGGUCAAGAAGACGAAACAAAACGAUAGCUCAAAUUAAUAAUAUAUUUUGGGUUGUAUAGUAGAAACAAUUGCUUCAUAAGUCAUAAACGCACAUGUGACACCCUUAAUAUAGCAACAUCCAUAGACUACGAAAACCGCUUACCAUUGCGUGUUAGUCUCCAUAGGCUACGGUGGCCAAAAUCGAGAAAAAACUGUCUAAAAAUUGAAUUUAGCAAGCAGCAAGUACCAGAGCCUCAUGAGGCAAGGCAAGUUCCUUCGCUGUCUGGCGUUCAAGAGGUUAAGACUCCCCGGCAAGCUCGGCUCGUCAUUUCACCUUCCCAUACAAACGGAAUUUCGUUCUCAUUUUAAAAUUACGUGUUGGAGUAAUGAAAAUUUGCAUAUACUCGUACAAUGACAUGAGAUAUAUCUAGUCUUGUAAUUAGUGUAUAUAGCAUAGUUCCAGUUUAUAAAAGGAAACGAAAUAGAGCUAAAACAAGUUUUGUAUAGUUCAUAAAUCUGUCUAAUCUAUCGUCUCCGCAUAUGUGCGCCCUUUAGGUUUAUCGUCAUUUAUUGGCAAGCAUGGGAAUAACCCACAAGUACCCCUUAGAACCUUUGACCCCUUAGUAACCAUUUGACCGCCAAAGACGUCAACUGACGCGCGGUUACAGCCUGCAGCCCAAUAUCAACCUUCGUGCAUUACGACAAGGUUCACGAUGACGCGCCGUGCACGAUAAGCGUGGCGUGGCGUUCAAAUGGAUAACAGUGCGCACUGUACUAUAACCAAUGAGCGGAAUUCUUCAUAGCAAAAAUCAAACUGUCAGAGGGAUUGACCUAACUGUUUUAUCGACUUAUCGAUGUUACGGAAUAAUAUCGUAUUAGGUAUCCAUAAUCAACUUAAAAGAUUAUUCUGUAACAUUUGACCUCUUUGAUAAGCAACUUGCAUCUCCGUAUUAAAGUAAAUCAUGUCAGCGUCACAUAUGUCAUUUAUGUCACUUGAGUUUUCAUGAGUGAUUUCCGUGCCGUGUUACUAAAAUGGUUAAUCCUAAAAGAAAACAAUAACAAAAUGGAUACAGAAAGGUUCUUAUUUCAGUUUCAAAGAAGAUUCUUCCACAAUAUAUUGCUCUAAAUGUUACGUUCAUUUACAUCAUAAAAGUAUUUUCUGUUUUAUUCUUUACUAUUAUACCAAAAUACAGUGGCGGUCAGCUAAUUAGGGACACCUGUGUUUCGUUAAGUGACAAAUAUUUAUCGAUAAGUCGAUAAAACAGUUAGGUCAAUCCCUCUGACAGUUUGAUUUUUGCUAUGAAGAAUUCCGCUCAUUGACUAUAACAGUACGGUACCAACAUAUAGGUCGGUUCUUCCCGGUGUUUUUAGACAUAAAUUAGGGGUGCGUUCCACUUGAAAAUAAUAUAGUGCUGCAUGAGUUAUGUAAGUUAUUUAUGAGCCACUACUUAGUAUUAUAUCUACUUACUUACUCAAAUUCAUAUCAUUUCAAACACAGUUGUCGGUUGGCGGUUGUUGUUGUGUUGAGACAGAACAUACGUAGUGCGACAAAGUUAAAAACACGUUUUAAUAUUCCUGACAACAUACAAAAAAUAACCUACGUAAUUUGGUAGGGUUCAUUGUUACCCACCAUAAAAACGUCUACGUCACUUAGGACUUUUUAGAAAUAGGCAGAAAGCACAAGGGACACUAUGACAAGGACAAACAGUCAUAGCGCUUUCUCUGCUACUCCUACCGAAAGUUCAGUAAGAGUAUCUCGUUCGGUCAUUCGGUCCCCUCUCCCCCAUUUCAUCUGUCUAUGUAGGUAAUAGACUAAUAGUGCUUAUUGAAUACAAUGCUUCGCGUAAUUAAAUAUAGGUACCUACAGUAAGAAGUAAAAGCGAAUUUCGCACAAAAACCCUCAUGUUAACCAGUAAGUGUAAAUGUGAUAAUGGAACACUGCUGUUUUGUUCUACCAAAACCUUUAUCCCCGCCCACGAUUUGGCUGUUUACGACUUACACCCGCUUACCAAGCCCAUUGAUUCAGUUAAACCAGCCUAAGUGUGAUUUCAAGAGCAAGUGUAAGAAGACUAAUUCGGAGGUCACUCUUUAGCUGGUUAAGGUACGACCAUACGUUGCGUCAGCUCAACCGAUGGGAAUAGCAUUAAAAUCCUAGAGGAUCUACCGCGAACUACUUCGUUCGUUCGUCUAUCUGCCUCUCUAUCGCCCGAUUAUGCAAGUGUGAUAGAGAAAAAAAUCGAUUUACGAUUAUUGCGGCGGGUCCUCUGUUUCGACAAGUUUUGACCUAUUGUAUUUAGUGUAGUAGUUUCAGUUAAGUUUCGGUUCUGAAAUAGGACACAAAGUGCGCGUGCAGUGACUACAUUAAAGUUAUCAAUAAUAAUAAGGUGGUAAAAAAGUGAAGAGUAAAUUACGUUUUUACUAUAUCAAGAUGAGGAUAAAAUCAUUCGGGACAUAUUUGGAAACCAACGAAGUGCAUCCACGUCAGCUGUGGAACGAACCCGUGGUCAUCGACGGCCACAACUUCUUCUUCCGCACCUACGAGGAGAGCGGGCUCGCCUACGAGCUCGGCUGCGAGUGCGACCGCUACGCCGCCUACCUUACCCACCGUCUCUCCAUGUUCCACAAGGCUAACGUACAAUGCUACUUCUUGUUUAAGGGCGGCUGGAAAGACAUGGAGGAAAAAUUAGAAAAUAAUAUAAAGCCCCCUAAAGCUUACCUUAAAAGGCCGGUCUUCACAAAAAAUAUAAUCAAAGAAGUCUUACAACAAAAUAAUUUUCAAUUUGUCUUCUGUGAAUAUGAAUCAAAAAGUGACAUCAUCGAGUUGGCUCAAACACUCAACUGUCCGAUAAUAAGCCAAGAUAUCGAAUUCUGCUUCUCGGGACACCCGUACAUAUCCAUCGCUACGCUCAAAUAUAGCGAAAGUGAUAACUCCAUUCAUUGUGGAAUUUUCUUACUUAAGGAUUUUAUACAAAAGCAUAAAUUAACCGAGGAUAAACUGGCUACUUUCAUAGUAUUAACCGACGAACUAAUAUAUCCAGUGAAUUUUUUCUCUGAGGUUUAUAAACUAAUAUUUAACGGCUUAGUUUACGGAGUUUACAAAAGAAAUUUAAACUUGUUGGGCUGGCUAUCUAGACGCAACAGAGAUGAGAUUUUGAGAACUAUAUUUAGACUCUUGUCUGAAGAAGAUAGAAAGAUUUUUCUAGAGAAAGAAAUAGAAGCGCGGCGGCUGAUAGAGCGGCGCGAAUUCGACAGGUUCGGCGCGGCGUGUUUCUUGAACCGCGCCGUCGCCCGCGUCGCGCGCGCCGACCCGCUCUGGUUUACUAAAGGCGUCGCCUCGGCUCAUAUCGACCAAGAAUACGUUAACUUGUACCACGCUAAACAUUUCUAUGGUUCUAAAGCUUUAGCUGACAGAGAGCAAGACGACGCAAUGGUCCCGUCGUUGGAGAUUGUAAAAUACGCAUUCGAUUUACUAACAAAUUUCCAGAAUGACGGAUUUAAUUUCGUUUAUGACACGAAGUCUGCUCAGCAAACAAUGGUCGUAGGAGGCGCUUAUUCUAUCCCGCCGCCGGCGUACGAAGCGGAGAUAAGCGUAUUCGAGAAUGGGUGGGACUCAGUAGGAACACUAGGAUUGUUGGAGCAUUUCAUGCGGUCGACACUGCUGAUUGAAAACCUGCGGCACGCCGAGCGAGUACCAGAGUCGGCGCGGCUGCUAACUCUGGCACUGGCGUACUACUCGCGCCGCCGACCCGCGGCGCCCGCAGCACUGCCCGCGGUGGUGCUGCUCACGCACGUCAUGCUUGAUGUGGCCGUUGACAACCGCAACAACAAUCCGAUUGCGGAACACGUGACUGAAACUGAUUCCAGAAUAGCGGCCGCUAUAAUGGAAGAGUACUUUAAUGAUGUGGAUGAGAUCGAUCUGAAGUUGCUACAUCCGCUGGUGGAGUACCAGCUGUGCGUGGCGCAGUUGUCGGCGCUGAACGUGCUGUGCGGCGCGGAGCUGCCGCCGCCGGUGCUGGCGCGCAGCUACAACGCCACGCUGGCGUACCGGCUGCUUGGCGCCGCCCAACGCGCCCCGGACCACGUGGCCUUUAUAGACGAACUACUCAGCCCGGCUCCUACUGUAUAUGCUUACUUUAACGGCAUCCGUGAGGCUUACGAGGAUUUGUUGUUUGUUGAAGCACCGGAGGACUUGUAACUUUAGAUAUUUGUCACAUGUUAUAAAAUAGUUACGCUUUGCCGUUUAAGGGUGCCGACGUUAAAAUGUCAGUGACACAUUAGGGGUUAAAAUAAUAAUAACUCUUUGGUAAAUUUAAAAUAAGUUUGAUUACUUUAUUUAGCAAAACUUCCGUGAGACUAAGCAUAUUAAAUGUAUUAAAACGGGUCACUCACAUAUUUUAAAUCGAAAAUAAGUCGAGUAGUGUCAUCAGGUACUUGGUACGGAGUGAAACAUGUCAAGCAUUUUCGACUACGUGAGUGACCCGUUUUAAUAUAUUUACUAUACUUUAGUUAGUAGGUACUGGAUGGAUCAAAUAUUUCUUGUUGUUAUUUUGUGCCGUCUUUAUCCCGUCCUAAGAGUACAGUAACAAUUAACAAUAACAACAUAAUUUGAUAAAAAUAAGUUGUACAAUAUGUCAAGUAAAUAACUAACAUUAUGAAAACCCGGCUGCAUUAAGAAGUUUAAUGCAAAUAUGCCAAAAAUAGAUUACAUUGUAUUUUAUGUACGUAAAUAAUAUUGAGAUUUAUAUUAAGUGAUAAGAAAAGUUCAUUGACCUAAAAAACAUCGGAGCAAGGUGUCAAGAGUGAACAUAGGUAUACUUGACGUUCACUGUACCAAAGUGGAAAUUAGAAUUAUGAGAAGCUAUUAUUAUUAAGCUAGCCAAAACGCAGUAAUUUCAUUAAUACAUAGGUACUUACUUACAAAUAUCAGAUUAUUUUAGGUUAUUAUUUACACUAUUAGAAAUGAAUUGGACCGUUAAAAAUUCCACUGUUUAGAUUUUUUUCAAUAUACUUUUUUUAUAAGG